CUACAACGAUCGGCGGCCGCGAUUUUAAGCUGUUUACCACGCCGGCGGAGCAGACUACAGUGAAGAGAGUGCUCGCUAGUCGCUAUACUCGCAAUCGCAAGAUAGCUCACUUUUUCGUGGUACAACCAAGCUGACGCGUGGUCACCAGAUGCGACACCGACACGUCGCCGCCGCCAUGAUGAACGUCGUGGCCAUCGGGCUCGUCCUCUCCACUCUGGCGGCCGCGGGGGUCUGGUCCCCCGCGCCGCCGCCGACGCCACCCGCGGCCCAUCAUCACGGUGACCACGUCGUCCGGGAGGGACGACGCGUGGUCAUCGUGGAGUACGAGCGCGAGCUCCCGCUCUCGACCGAGGACGGCGGCACCGUCAAGGUCAAGGAGACGCGCGUCCUGCCCCCGGACGCGCUCGACGGCGUCGAGGGCGACGGCGGGGUCUUCGACGAGGCUAGGGGCGUCGUCUCUGACGCGGCCGGCAAGGUGGCCGGCGCCGCGGAGGAGGGCAAGGAGAGGCUGUCCGACGCCAAGGAGAGCGCCAAGGGCGGUGUCCUCGGCGCGGUCAAGCGGUGCAAGGAUAGACUCUGCGGCGCCGGCAGGAAAGUAGAGGAGGGAGCCAAGGACGCGGCGUACCGCGUCGAGCACGGCGCGGAGGACGCGGCGAGGGGCGCCGUGGAGGUGGUCUCGGAUGUCAAGGACAGCGCCGAGAGCAAGGCGUUCUACGCCGCGGAGAAGGGUAAGGAUACGAUCAAGAGCGCCAAGGACAAGGCGUCGGACGCCGCGCAUCAAGGGAAGGAGGCCGUGAGGAGCGCCAAGGACAAGGCGUUCGACGCCGCGCAUCAGGGGAAGGAGACCGUGGAGAACGCCAAGGGCAAGGUCUCCGAAGCCGCCGGCAAAGCGAAGGAGAAGGCAUCCGACAUCCAGCAGGGAGCAGCCGAAGCGGCGAAGGCUGCCAAAGAGAAGGCGUCCGAGGCGGCCAGGCACGCCAAGGAGACCGUCCGGAGCGCCAGGGACAGCGUCUCCGAGAUCGCGCAGAGAGCCGAGGAGCGCGCGGAGGACGCCGCCGAGCGCGCGGCGGACAGGGCCGCGGAGGCCGAGGAGGAAGUGAAGGCGAAGGCCGCCGAGGUGCGCAAGAACCUGACGGACAUCGCGCGUCGGGCGCGGGACGUGGCGUCCGACGCGGCGGCGUACCUCCUCGGCGCGCCCCGGGACGCCGCGCGCACCGCGACGGCCGUGAUGCACCUCCUGGGCUUCGCCACCGCCUACGGCGCCUGCGUGUGGGUGACGUUCGUGUCCAGCCACGUGCUGGCGGCGGCGCUGCCGCGGCAGCAGCUCGGCUUGCUGCAGAGCAAGCUGUUCCCGGUGUACUUCCGCGCCAUGGCCUACGGCGUCGGGCUGGCGCUCGCGGCGCACCUGCUGGGGCGCGAGCUCAGGUCCGUCGCGUCGCGCGCGCAGAGCUUCAACCUGCUCGCCGCGCUCGGCCUCGUCGUCGCCAACAUGCUGCUGCUGGAGCCGAAAGCCACCAAAGUGAUGUUUGAGAGGAUGAAAGUGGAGAAGGAAGAAGGCCGGGGACGUGACAUGGUGGACGACAUCGUGGACCCGCCGGUGGUGACCGUGGCCACGCCGGGCGCCGGCACCACGACCACCACCACCGUCCCCACGGCGGCGGCCGCAGCGCGCACAGGCACAGCUCCCGUGGACGGCGCGGGGGCCGGCGGCAAGCAAGCGAAGCCCGCGACGGCAACCGCAGGCGACGCGGAGAUGUCGAAGAGCAGGGCGGUGAGGCUGAGCAGGCGGCUGAAGCAGCUCAACGGCUACUCGUCCCUGUGCAACGUGCUGUCCCUGAUGUCACUCACCUGGCACCUCGUGCACCUGGCGCGCCGCCUGCACGCCGGCACCGCCUGCUAGGUUGAUGAUGUGGAUGGAGCUCAUGGCAGCUGUCGUGCUGGGUCUCUUGUAGGAGUACUUCUUGGUUUCUGACGUGAAUGUGACACGUUGGCUUCAGUUUAGGCUUCAGUUUGUGUUCGGCUAGUGGCUGUUUCAGUUGUCUGGAAAUUAGGGUUAGGGUGUACCUUGGAUGUAUGUACCUAGUUAAAACUUAGAUGUGCAAGUUUAGGCUAGUUUCAUCUAAUGUUAGCCACGCAGGGCGCUGGGCGCGCUUGUCUCUGUUGUAGUGGUGAUGGUGCAAAAGUUUGAUGGGUCAUGUUUUUGCUUCA